UUCUUUUUAGAUAAAAGAAAAUUAUUAAACUGUAAAAAUUCUAAAUUCGUUAUUACCUAAAAAAAUAUAUAUUUAGUACUCUGCUUCUGCCAUAUAGUGUACUUCCGGUCGCGUAGGGUUUUGUUUACUAAAAUGGCCGCCGUGAGAACUUGCACUCUGGAAUAUUUCCCUGAAAAUAUUUUAAUUGAAAUUUUAUCCUACUUACCUGUCCAAGAACUCGUUCGCAAUGCAAGGGUGUGUAAGCGGUGGAGCGCUUUAAUAAAAGACCAGAGACUCUGGAGAACUGUGGACCUUUCCACGUGGAAACGGGUGACCUCACGGAUGCUCUGGACGUUACUGCGGCAGUAUCUGGGACGUGGUGUAUGUUCUCUACACCUGCGUGGGUUGCUGCAGAGUUCACGUGGGGGAUCUUUUCUCUCGGAGCCAUGGCUGCAGACUCUGAGCUCCAAAUGCCCUCGGCUCCGCCGACUCACUCUCACUCACACAGACCUGCGUGGCCUGCACAGCUGCUCCUUAUUACCUCCUAGUUUACAGGUGCUAGAAUUGCACAGCUGUGAACUUCCAUCUGGGUUUUUUACCCAGAAUCCAUUGAAACCAGUGCAAACUGACCAGAAUGGCUCAGGGAAAGAAUCUCAGACCUCUUCCUCUAGUUGUGUUAUUGAAGCACUAAUUCUGGACAACGUGCCAUCAUUCACAGACCAGCAUCUAAAGAGUCUAAGCUCAUGGGAGCGUCUCCGGCGUCUGGAGCUGCGUGAUGUGCUGCGUGUGACGGUGGCAGGACUAAAGGGCUGUGCUCCGCCUGGCCCACAUGCUCUAACACACCUCACACACCUGGAGUUGGAGGGGUUCAGUCGGCAGCAGAUGGCAGCGCUGGGUCUGGCUGACGGUUGGGCAGGGCUGGAAAGGCUAACGCUCGGUGGGCGAGAGGUUGCUCCUGGUCUGCUCUGCCUUAACCGACUGGCUGGGCUGCGCUGGCUGCGACUGCGUGGCUGCAGACUCACUGAGACGUUGGUGCUACGCAGCUGUGGAACACUGAUGGAGCUGCACAUGCUCGAAUUCCUGCAGGUAGAGUUUGCAAUGGAGGCAGAGAGAACAGACAAUGAGAGAGAUAAAAGGACUGAAAAUGACCUGAUGCCUGGACUCAGACAAGCACUGUCCAACCUGCUGCCCAAGUGCAACUUCCUGUUCACACAGUGUACCGUUAUAGUUGGUGCAGACUGACACAUGGGGUGGGUGAUCUGGUAAUUACCGUUACCAUUACAAGCUAAAUCAAGAAAUAUUUUUGAAAGUGUCAGCAUUAUUUUUAAAUUCCUGAAGUGGAUUUAAAUCAUCAGAGAAAGACCUAAAAAUUACUACAUUACAUUAUACACUCAAAUCUGCCUAGCAACAAGUAGCCAAUUGGAUUCUAGAUAUAUUUAGACCAAUCACAGAAAGGCUACCAGCGACUGGCCCCCUUAUACACUUAAAUCUGCCUAGCAACAAGUAGCCAACUGGAGUCUAGAUAUAUUUAGACCAAUUACAGAAAGGCUACCAGCCAUCUGCGCCUUUAUACACUCAAAUCUGCCUAGCAACAGUUAGGCAAUUUGGAUACUAGCAACUUAACCAUUAUUUUAUAUUGUUUAGAGCAGUUUUUGCUUUUUGUUGGCAAUAGGUUUUCGUAUAAAAUAGCAUUUUGAAGAUGUUUUUUAACAAACCUCAAAUGAAAGAUAAUGACUAUACAAAGAAUCCUGAAAAUAAAAAUGUACUGUAUUUUUAUUUAAUUUUAUUUUGAAACUGGUUGUAAGAAGGAUAUAAGGAAUUGUAUAUUAGAAUAUGACAAUGAUGUAGUAUAAUGUGAUAAUAUAUUGACUUUAAAUCUCACAUAAAGAGUGAUGUUUUUAAGUGAUCUAAUGAUUUUUAAUUAUUAUAUUAAAUAAAGUCAGAUUAAAUAAAGUAGGAACAGAACGUGUGUACUCUUGUCAUAGUUACAUUUAUGGGGAUGAAACUUCCAUCACUGGAGAAACGUUUCAUUUCACUAUGUACUGCGUCAGCUAUAUGUGGUUGAAAUGACAAUAAAGC